UGACCUUGAUUUUGAUGGCUUUGUUGGAAGAUCUGAUGAUGUGAUUGCAUGUCAUGAGGUGAUUGCUCUCCAGCCUCCAGCUUCCGUGGCUCAGUGUAUAAACCACUCCUGCCACACUGUCACUCAUGGACAAUUUGGAUUUUUCUUUUAAACAAACCUUGUUGCUAUUUUUAUUUUCUCACUUCUCCUUUCCCCCUUGUUUCUCCUUAAUGCUGGGAGCCUUAUUCUGCCCUCUGAUGUGAUUGAUAGUCCUCCUUCUCUUGCUGCUGAUUUCCAGUUUAAGCUACAAUGGCUCUGAGUGGCAACUGCAGGACUUACCUUCCUGCUCGGGAGCAGGGGACAGGGCUGCACUCCUUCCCCGAGGUGGUGGAGCUCAACGUGGGCGGCCAGGUUUACUUCACUCGUCACUCCACCUUGGUUGGCACCCCUCACUCCCUGCUCUGGAAAAUGUUCACCCCAAAGAGAGACACAGCCAACGAUCUGGCCAAGGACUCCAAGGGAAGAUUCUUCAUCGACAGAGACGGUUUCCUUUUCCGCUAUAUUCUGGACUAUCUCAGGGACAAGCAGGUGGUUCUGCCCGACCACUUCCCAGAGAAGGGAAGGCUCAAGAGGGAGGCUGAGUACUUCCAGCUCCCGGACUUGGUGAAGCUCCUGGCUCCCGACGACAGCAAGCAAAGCCCCGAUGAUUAUUGCCACAGUGACUACGAAGAGGUGUCCCAGGGCAGCGACACGAGAAUUUGCCCCCCCUCGUCGCUCCUACCGCCGGACCGCAAGUGGGGAUUCAUCACCAUCGGCUACCGUGGCUCGUGCAGUAUUGGCAGGGAGAGCCAAGCAGAUGCCAAAUUCAGGAGGGUCCCGAGGAUUUUGGUUUGUGGAAGGAUUUCUUUGGUCAAAGAGGUUUUUGGAGAAAGUUUGAAUGAAAGCAGAGACCCGGACAGGGCUCCAGAGAGGUACACCUCCAGGUUUUAUCUCAAGUUCAAGCACCUGGAGAGGGCUUUUGACAUGUUGUCCGAGUGUGGAUUCCACAUGGUGGCCUGUAACUCCUCGGUGACAGCUUCCUUCGUCAACCAGUACACAGACGACAAGGUCUGGUCCAGCUACACCGAAUACGUCUUCUACCGGGAGCCCUCCCGCUGGUCCUCGUCCCACUGCGACUGCUGCUGCAAGAACGGCAAGGGCGACAAGGAGGGCGAGAGCGGCACGUCCUGCAACGAGCUGUCCACGUCGAGCUGUGACAGCCAGUCCGAGGCCAGCUCCCCGCAGGAGACCGUCAUCUGCGGGCCUGUCACCCGCCAGCCCAACAUUCAGACUCUGGACAGGCCGGCCAAGAAGGGCCCGGUGCAGCUGCUGCAGCAGUCCGAGAUCCGCAGGAAGAGCGACCUGCUCCGGACUCUCACCUCCGGCUCCCGAGAGUCCAACUCCAGCAAGAAAAAAGCAGUGAAGGAGAAGCUCUCCAUUGAGGAGGAGCUGGAAAAAUGUAUCCAGGAUUUCCUCAAGAUCAAAAUCCCAGAGAGGUUUCCCGAGAGGAAGCACCCCUGGCAAUCCGAACUGCUGCGGAAAUAUCACCUCUAGGCUGCGGGGGGGGAGAGCCAGCUCCCGAGUGACACAAAAGUAAUUCCCAAUAAUAACUAUUUGUUAGGUCACCAAAACCAAAAUCCAUCUCUAGUACUGCCUAAUUUGCCUAUUUCACCUUAACAUUUCCAGUCGUAGGGGAGCGAUAUUUUUGCAGUCCUGGAAGCACAAUGACAAACGCUUUUGUUUGUAAACCCGGAGUCUUACACAAGCUGAAAACCUUAAGGGCACAAGCGGGCCCACCCCAAGGGCCGCUGGCGUGGCCCCAGAGCAGGCAGGGCAGGAUGCUGAGGGCUCCUGGAUCCUGCUCGGAGCACACGAGGCUGCAGGGAGGAGCACAGCACAAAGCCCCAGCUCUGCCCCGGCAGUUUAAGCAUGUGUAUUUAUAUAUGUGCAUAUAUAUAUGUGUGUAUAUAUAUCUCUGUGUAUAUAUAUAUAUGUAUAUAUAUAUCAAUAUAUACUGCUUAAAGAUUUUC